ACUUUCUCAAUUUGAUAAAUCUGAAACUUCGCAAUUUCGUUUAAAAGUACCUAAAACUUCAAAAAAGUUAUCUUUUGAUAAUGAUGAAAAUUCUUCAAUACAUUCAUAUAAUGAAUCUCAAAGUUGGCAGUAUAAAAAUAAGCAAUUUGAUGAUUAUGAGUUUAAUAGUUUGAGCUUAAAUAAUAUUCAAUAUGAAAAUGAAAGUUGUGAUACUGAUUCAAGAAGUCAAGAUACAGAUAAUAAAGCUGAAAAUUUGUCAGAAAUAUUUGAUGAAACGAAUUUUGAUUUAAAAUGGAAUCAAGAAUGCCAGUUUGCAACAGCUGCUUAUCAAGACUUGAUUCAGAUUUUAAUUCAUUCACAAUUUGAAAAAAGUCAUCUAAUUUUUAAUUUACAAAGUCUUAAAAAAUACCGUGAAAAAUUACCUUUAAUGCAAAUCAAAAGUCAUAAUAUUCCAAUUAAUACUCGGAAUAUACUAUCUACAACUAAAAAUUCUACAAGAGUUUAUUAUUUCUCAUUAAUUGAACAUCUUCAAC